CUAUCUGUCUAUCAGCGGAGAGGAAUGAGGCAUCUAUCCAUGAAAAAUAUCCCGUUAUGUCUAGAUGUCAUGGGAGAAAAACUUUUCUAGGACCUGAUUUGUAAUUAAGUCGAGCGGAUAUUGAUUUAACGUUAGCUCGGCGCGUAAAGAUUUUAUAUAUAUUUUUGUUAUUUUUUUUAUAUUUUGGUGCGGGCCGCUUCUUCUACAGUCGCCUUGGCCCAAAAAACAUGAGUUUGUCUGAAUGGAGGCUGUGACGCGUGCAGCUGCUCUGACGGCGCUGAGCCGGGAAUGGCGCGUGCUCUUUCUGUGCUUGAUAACGCUGGUCUCCAUGGCGACCUCAACCUCAACCCUCCCGGCUCAAGACCGGUCUUUGUUGGCCACCAACACAACAAAGCAAUCUCUAACAGAAGUGCCACAUGAUACAGUUUCACCCACCACCUUAUUAUACACUUCCUUUAAAGCCCUGGGGUGGUCCAGUGACGUCGAUAGCACUGUCUUGCCUAACAAUGAAUCGCCCAAAGCCCCAGAGUAUUACUAUAGUGACACCACCAACACAGUAUAUGGCUCAGCAUCCACAUCACCUUCAAGCUAUAUCCCUGAUCCAGAGUCUUUCACUGGCCUGCCAUCAGAUUUCCCUUCACCUGGGCCGAAACCUUUUGCAGAACCGCCAUUUUCACCACCUGAGCUACUCAAAAUCAGCAAUAGUGACAAUACAUAUGGAAACCUUAAAGAAAUUUCUAAUCAUUUAGUCACCAGUCAUCACUUGAAUAUCCAAAAUGACAUACCCCUAGAUGAUCCAAAUCAUGCCAUUUUUAAAAACCAUGUGACACCAUCUUUCAUAGAACCAACCAUGGGUCCACCAGUGGUCUACUUCCCAACCAGCACUAUGGAUGUGGACUAUGGCUCUGGUUCUGGUGAUUACCUGGAAACGAUGUCCUAUAUGAGAUCUGAAGGCGAUGACAAUUCUUUAGUCGCCAAUUUUCCUUCUGACAUGUAUGACUUUGUGGAUUCAAACUCUGAAUCCUAUGAUACAUCUUUUCCUACGAGGGUAAUGAUUCCUUUGUCCACACGAUACUUUUCUCCCAGUCCCUCCAUAACUGUCCCUGAUAGUCAUGUCACUAUGAACGUUUUCCAAAUUUCAUCUUCCAGCACAGCAGUGCAUUCCAGUGCCACCUUACAUGAGAGUAAGAUAGUCAGUGAGCCUCCAGAGUCGUAUUCCAUCUGGUCCGAUGUAACCAUUGAGCCCAGCGAUGUUCUUCUGCCUGAUAUGAAUAGUCUGGAAUACUACAAUAUUCAGCUUUCAAAAAAUAGUGAAACCUUGACCGAACAACGAGCAAAUCAGUCCACUAUCUACACUGUUCCUCCUAACCAAGUGUUAACAGGAAUGAAUGGAGAGUAUCUCCAGCCCAUGGACAACAACUCUUGGCCUGAGGAAUCUUCAACAGACAUCCAAGGAUUUGAUUUGUCCAACUCAACUAUGUCAGAUUUGCCAGACAUAAGACCUAGUCUAAUAAAUGGUACUUUUCCAUUUAUGUACUCAUCAGAAAUAACUCCUCCUAUGGACUUUUCAACCUCCCAGUGGGACCUGUCUGCAACUCCUGACUGGAUAAGCACAGAAUCUGCCUCCUUUGUUUUUGCAAGCAGCAGCUUCCCAUCAGUGGUUUUCCCAGGCUCUGCUUCAGAGGAGUCUGCUGUCAUAUUUCCGACUUCCACAAAAAACACCUCCUGGACUGUCAACCCUACUUUGCCAGACAUAUCACCUCCUUCUUCUUCUUCACUUUUUAGUAAUGUGUUCACUCAGAUGCCUAAUGCCCCUGCAGAGUCCACCGAGUCGACCUUCAACAGCACCUCGGCAUUUACUGUGACCGAGUUGGCUGACCAAGGUUUCACAAGCACAGAAAGGCCUUUCACUGAAGUUACAGAUAAUGGAAUGACAACAAGCAGCAGGCCAGAAGCCUCUACCAUCUCAGUGUUACAGAACGAGACAGAUGUGGAUACCCUGGACCCAACAACUGAGGUGUUUAAUCCCACAACACAAGUACCUACAACCCCUUCAGUGACCGUGCAGACUUCUACUCUUCUUACUACCACCGUUCGAGAAUACCUGUGCAACUUUACCAAACCUGAUACCUAUUUAGUGCGAGUCGGUUUUCCACUCGGCUCCACCGCCGGUUACGCCAAAGCAAAAGUCAGAGAGAUCCUUAAAGCUGAAUUCAAUCGACCAGUUGAACUGCAGGUGGUGAAAUCCCCUCCAGACUUUGUGUUUCGAGCUGUGUCUGGUCCUGUUGUCUACACAGCCAUAUCAGUUAUGAACGCUCUGAGACGGUUUGCACAUGCAUCUGACAUCAUUCUCAGUGUCUCCCCAAUCAGUCCAGUGCCAGGUCUACAGUACCACAUCCACUCUGUGCUUCAGUUUGUGCCUGUUCACGUAGACAUGUAUGUGUGCACGUUCAUCGAGCACAUUGAAAGAGGGCUGAUUUCCGCUUUCACCGAAGUGCGUCGUCGCUCAAAGGAGUCUACGGACUUUACCAUAAAUAUAUUAAACAUCACCAUGAGCUCCGUGGCACCAACCCAGCCGCAGCUCCGCGGGCCGGUGGACGUCACCUUCGUGGUAGGCGAUGCCAGAGGGUACAUACUGGGCUCCGAAGUCAGCAGUCACCUGAGGCGUCUCAGUGUGGUGGAGUUUAGUUACUACCUGGGAUACCCUGUCCAGCAGAUCGCAGAACCAUUUCACUACCCUGAACUAAACACCACCCAGUUGCUACGCUCUUCAUGGGUGAGGACAGUGUUGCUGGGCGUGAUAGAGCAUGAAGUAAAUGAUAGGAUUUUCCAGGCAAAGAUGGAAAGGAGACUAGCCCUGCUGCUUGGAGAGGGACUUUCUGUAGGCCGACGCCUUAAAAGAGCCACCAGUGUGGGCAACAACAGCGUACAGAUUGUGCAGAUCACUCGUCUAGCAGAUCUGGAUAAUCCUCUGGAGAUGAUCUACUUUGUGGAAGGUGCUAACGGUGAAAGGCUUCCCGCCGUCACCACCGCAAACCUGCUCAACAGCCUGGACAUGCAGCAUGCCGCCAUAUUGCUGGGAUAUCGCAUCCAGGGAAUCCUGGCGCAGCCUGUGGAGAAGCAGGCAUUGCCGUCCGAGACGGAGAACACGAACACAUGGAUCAUAGUAGGCGUGGUGGUGCCCGUGCUGGUGGUGAUGAUCAUCAUAAGCAUCCUGUACUGGAAACUGUGCCGCACGGACAAGCUGGAGUUUCAGCCAGACACAAUGAGCGCUGUCCAACAGAGGCAGAAGCUGCAGACUCCCAGUGUAAAGGGCUUCGACUUUGCCAAACUUCACCUGGGCCAGCACAGUAAGGAUGACCUCAGGGUAAUCCAGGAACCUCUACCGGCACCAGCGCCUGCUAAAGACCCAAGUGCCAACGAGAACACCGAAGCCUCCACACCUAAAUCCAAAGGCUCGUCCACGAAGGCCUCUCGUAACAGCCAGCACAGGAGGGGACAGAUUUCUCCUUCCGAUGGCGAUUCUCUGGGAAGCGAGCCGUUCAGCGAGAGGGAGUCUCCGAAGGCAAACACGAAACUGUCCAGUGAUCCCAAGCAACAGCGUAAGAUGGCUCCUAACGGAUUAAACGGUCCUCCUCCACUGAACAGCGCAGACGAGCAGGUAUCAUCAGCCUCCAUUUUUGAGCAUGUGGACCGGAUGUCCCGCUCAGCCGACGGCGCCAACAAGCGCUUAUCUAGCAAGAUCCAGCUGAUCGCCAUGCAGCCUAUGCCUGUGCUGCCCUUACCCUGCCCUGCGACCGACGCCAAGGCUGCCGACAACGCCAAGAUGAACAAGGAGAUCCAGGUCGCUCUCAGGCAGAAGUCCGAGAUCGAGCACCAUCGCAAUAAGAUCCGUCUCAGGGCUAAGAGGAAGGGCCAUUACGACUUCCCCGCCAUGGACGAUCUCAUGGACAGCUUGGGGGACGCUAAAGAGCAGGACCACGUCUACCAGAAGGCUCAGAUGCAGAUUGAUAAGAUCCUGGACCCGGACAGCCGUGUACCCCCACUAUACACCGAGCCCAAGAAAAGUGGCAGAGAAAAGCGUUCUCCUAAGCAGAGAAAGAAGCAGCAGAUAAAUGGAGAUCUGACAGACGCAGACAGAGACAGACUAAUCACUAACGACAGUGACGGCACAUACAAGAAAUACCCAGGAGUCAACAAUGUAGCAUACGUGUCGGAUCCUGACCAAGGUCCUGAUCCUCAAAGUCCAUCCCCGACCGACGACGUCUUUCUGAGCUCAUCGUCGCCCCCAGGAGGCCACAUCGCCCCUCCUCCACCCUACCUGCCCCCUCAGCCCUCUAUAGAGGAGGCUCGGCAGCAAAUGCACUCACUUCUUGACGACGCUUUUGCCCUGGUGUCUCCCACUUCACAAGCCACUAAUGCAGGCAUCACACUUCCUGGGUUGGGGGUCCGAAGCGAAAACACAGCACUUUCCAGCCCUCCUUCACGUGGCCCACGACCCUCUGGGCCUUCAUACCCUGCGCUCAGCCCCUUCUCCGGGAGAUAUUCUGACUUAGGCCUGCCGCCUCCAACAGUACAAGGCUUAAUGCACAGGCCGGGUUUGGGAUGUAGUUACCCUCAAGGUGAAGGAGUUGGUGGAGAGCAGCUGCAGUCUGAGGGGCUCUACAACAGCAGAGGGGGCUAUGUGGAUGAACCGCCUUCUUCUGCCAGGCCUCGGCCAGUAGGGGGCACAACAGGUGCUCAGCUACACCACAUGACACAGGUCGGUCUGUCAGGUCGUGGGAUUGAGGCCAGGCAACCUGGUGCCUUAAACUGGGGACCUUAUCAUGAGGAGGACUUCAGACCUGUGAACAGAGAUCCUGUUCUCAACUCUUUCGACUACCCCCUCGUCUCUGUGUUCCAGACCCCCAGGAGCGGAAUGAGAGAGCCAUCCGCCCCCCCUGCCCACCUGGACACAAUGGGCCUAGGUUUCUCUCCGUCUGAUGAGUCUAUUCCCCCCAGCCAUUCCUCAGCCUCGCUCAUCAAAGCCAUCCGCGAGGAGCUGAUGCGCCUUUCCCAGAAGCAGACGGCCCCUGCAGGCUACCACAGCUGAGACCUGCUUCCUCCUGUCACGCCGCCAGCAAUACUGCACUGUACUUCCUAUGGAAGUGUUUUUUUUGAGUAGGAAGCCCAAAGAAGACAUGUGCUAGAAAAAAAAAAAAGAGGAACUUUUUGACAUGACUACUUUACUGGCAGCCAAAGUUUUACCUGAUGUCAGUGCUUAGCAAUGUAUCUGAGUGAAAUGCUUAUCACUGAGACCCUUUAACGUUCACAUCCUAUCCCCCUUUUUAGCACAGCUGGACACACACGCACUGUAUCACGGUCGAUGAACAACACUGUCUUUGAUUCAGUACUUUUUUUUUUAAGUCGUUGUAGUUGUUUUUACACUGAAAGUGUUUACCUUACUUAACUGAGGUGUCAUGGCAACCCAGAAGUUGUGGUAGCAAUUAACUAUCGUACUGUCUUUGCAAUGACUGGGUAAGAAGACGCCAGCCUAAGCCUCACCACCACACAUUCCUUAAAAACGUCAGAAGUGCUGUCUGUGUGUGGAGUACUGUUUUGUUGUUUUGUUUUGUUUUGUUUUUUCUUCACUACCUUUGCAUUAUAAUGCAAAUAAUCUUUCACAGUUUUUUUUCACUAAGCAUUAACUCGGGUGGACUUUUAUCACUGGUAAAGCAUAAGGUUUGGACUUUCUUAUGUUUUAUCAGCAGCUGUUGUUUUACCGUGCACUAUUUUUCUAGAUUUCUAGUAGCAGUAGUUGUAGUUAUACUCUUCCAAUAAUCUCUUCAUCAUCUUACCAUUGUUUUUUCGUUCCUUUUUUUUUCAGUUUAUUUUUAAAGCCCAUAAACCACACAUUGCCUUCUGCUGUUAAGGAAGCGAGCUCAGAACAUAUGCAUGGACUUCUGAUUGUUCCUUCUGAAAGUUGCGUAUACAGUAGGUGAGAGUUAGAUUAACCAACCACAUUUACAGUAUUGUCUAUGAUCUAUGUAAGAUCUGCAUCUUGCAUUAUGAUCCCAGAAACUAUUCAUGUUCACUAUUCACUAUGAUGGGUAUGUUAAUAUUCUACCAGGUUUGCAAAACAUUACAGUUAGGAGAGAAUUUGUGUCCAGUGUUUACACCCAUAAUUCAGGCACAUAAACUAACAGAUCAGGUUUGAAAAUCUGAUCUGGACCCACCUUAAGGCCCGAUACUGAUAGUUAGAAUUGUAUCUCCUGCAAAGAAAAAAAGGUGUCACGGCAAGAUUUAAAAAAAAAAAAAAAAAAAUCACUCACCUGGGUCAAGAUUUUAUUUAAAUUUUUUUGUGAUUCAUUUCUCUGUGGUCCAGUUUUUAGCUUUCUGCGACAACCGCGUUUCAGUUUUCAGCAAACAUACAGAAUGUUGGGCCACACGUCCCUUUGUAGCACCUUCAAGCACCUUCUUUUCAUUGGACAAGUCUCUGGAGGUAUAUUUGAGAGAUGAACACUGAUGUUUCAAAUAUUUUCCCCCUCACUAGAUGUUUCGGUGUGAUGCUGACAAGCACCGUCAAGGAUGUAACUCCCGUAGGUGUUAACUUGUUUUGAGGUCUGGAGACCAUAGGUGAUGGCUAUAGGAUAUGAUUUUCAUCAGCUUCGUUCUAUUUAAUUCAUUCUUGUGACCUGUGGAGGUGAUCCUGGAGGAGACGACUCAGACCACUUAGAAAAACGUAAUAUUAAUUUGCAACGACUUCCCUAUAAGAAGACAUGGCAGCAUAAAAUUAACAACAUAAGAGAAGCACAUUUAUUUUUUUUUGAUUCGUCUUAAUCAGUAUGCUCAUUUGCAAUAUAAGUUGCAGCACCUGUAAUAGGAAGAAAAAAACAUUUAGAAUGCAGUACUGAAGAUAUGUGUAUCGCUUUUUCAUUUUCACUUCUGAUUGUUAUUUAAAACUGAGUUUUGUAUCACAUUUUUUUUACUGCUAAAAUAUUCUUAAUCAUACUUCUAGUUUUUACUAAUUUUAAUGCGUCAUCAGUAACGGAACAGUAUUACAAAUAAAAUUUGUAGUCAAAAACUAUAUAUCGUUAUCUCAGAAUAUCGAUUCCAUUCAUUUGUUUAUACACAUUCAUACCACUUAUUCUGUACAGGGUCGCAAGAAGCCUGGAGCCUAUUCCAGGAGACUUCACGUAUGAGGCAGGGUACACCCUGGACAGGGUGCCAAUAUUAAAAGGCACACACACACACACUAUGGCCAGUUUAGAAACACCAAUUUAAGCCUAAUCUGCAUGUAUUUGAACUGUGGGAGGAUACCACAGGACCCGGAGGAAACCCACCAAGCACAGACUCGAGGCAGCACUAACGCUUUAACCCUAGAGAUGCGAGGGCAGCAGUGCUAACCCCCUAUGCCACCGUGCCACCCGGAUAGUCCAAAUGGAACAAAAUGCAAAAGUAAUUUGUUUUCAGGAGCAGCGUAUUGUCACACUGAAGUUCUGAUUAGUGUUACUAUUUUUUUUUUUUUUUUUAAACUGACGCAGUGCUUGAUAUUGUAUUUCAUUACAAUAUAUCUAUUAUUCUGAGGGUAUUUUUUUCCAUUAAGCUGUCAUUGAUAAACUGACUGAACACUUCACCUUUUGUUGUAUUUGAAAUCUGUGUAUUAGCCGAGUACUGUAUCCAGCAGUGUUGAGUCUGAGACAAGCUCAGUCUGAGCUCAGGCUCGGGUACUCAGCAUCACCUCCUAGUUUGAUCUGUUUUGUGCACGGAUAUGUGUUCUUGCUUUUCAAAACUUGUACAAAUUCUGUGUUACAGUGGCGAAACUGAAGUACUAUUUCGUCUGAUCAGUUUAGGAAAAAAAAGGUUUAUGUUUCUGAUUUUUAUUUUGUUUGUUUUAUUUGUUGAAGUUUCCUGCCUUGUGUUUUUGCUCAGCUGUUUGUUGCAAUAGAACUUUCUUU